UGGGGAGAGAGGUGUUGUAAUAAUGUAAAAUGUAAAAAAACUAUUUGUUUUUCGAACAACCUAUUAUAAGAGCCUGUUCUAGUACACCCCCCCAAACAAAAUCAAGACUUUGUAAAAGAGCAUGAUAGGACCCCUUUAAAGAAAGAAAAGAAACAGUGGCGGUGAAUACUGUCAUGCUCGGCGAAUGAGACUCGCAGGACUCGCUCUGAUGGCCUGAUGUUGCUCUGUUGUGCCUUAUGACCGGACGGACUAACAGCAGCAUGACGCGCCUGAUGUUUCUCGCAGCCGCGGUGUUUCUCCUGUCCGCUCCUGCGAGCGCCUCUCAGGGGGACAAAGAGCCCGUCUAUCGCGACUGCGUCAAACAAUGCCUCCGGACGAACUGCACGGGGGCCCGACUGCGCGGAUUCCAGUCCUCUCAGCCUCCAUACAUGGCACUCACAGGCUGGACGUGUCGUGAUGACUGCAGGUAUCAGUGCAUGUGGACCACCGUGGGUCUGUACCAGGCAGAGGGCUACAGCAUACCACAGUUUCAUGGGAAGUGGCCUUUUGCUCGUUUCCUGUGUUUUGAGGAGCCUGCAUCAGCCCUGGCAUCUCUGCUCAAUGGUCUGGCAUGUCUGCUGAUGCUGCUGAGAUACCGCAGCGCCGUCCCUCGACAGAGCCCCAUGUACCACACCAUCACAGCCUUCUCACUGAUUUCCCUGAAUGCAUGGUUCUGGUCUACAGUGUUCCACACGAGAGACACCUAUCUAACAGAGAAGAUGGACUACUUCUGUGCAUCAGCUGUCAUUCUUUACUCUAUCUACUUGUGCUGUGUAAGGACAUUGGGCUUGCGUAGGCCUGCGAUUUCCAGUAUGGUGGGAGCUCUGCUCAUUCUGGCCUUCACGUCUCAUGUGUCUUAUCUGACCUUCGUCAGUUUUGACUACGGGUACAACAUGGCUGCCAACGCCACCAUAGGUAUGAUUAACCUGUUAUGGUGGCUGUGCUGGUGUUGGCUGAACCGCAGGAUUUUGCCGUACUGGUGGAAGUGUGGGAUGGUGGUGCUCUUACUGCAUGGUCUUGCCCUGCUGGAGCUGCUGGAUUUCCCUCCACUCUUCUGGGUUCUAGACGCUCAUGCCGUCUGGCACCUCAGCACUGUGCCCGUCCACUUCCUCUUCUACAGUUUUCUCAUAGAUGACAGCCUUCACCUCCUCAACACAGAGAAGCCUGGAGUGAAACUGGACUAGGAGGAAACCGUCUCAGAACCCCAACCCCUCCUCUCAUAUCCUUCCCAUCAGGGCAAGUGCGAGCCAGACUGAGCCAGGCCUCAACCGCAGUGGCUUCCAGCACGUGUCCUGGGGCUGACGUUUUGAAUUCCAUCGUUUUCUUUGUGUUUGCGGAUUCUUUUUACCAUAACUUUUUAAUUUUUGCUUUGUACAGAAAGGGAUGUUUUGAAGAUGUGCUACUAUACUGUAGUUGAAACCUGAUUGAUGUUUGCAUUCACUUGAGCUUUGCCUUUAGUUAAGAAGUAAAUGAGCCUUUGUCAACAAAGCACUCUUUUAAAAAGGUGCACUGAAUAAUAACCUUCUUUGCAGAUUAAUAUCUCCCAUUCAUAUCCGUCUGUAUUUGUGGUGCUUGAUUUAAUGGCCCUGAAGUGAGUAUAUUUCAGAGACAGAAGUAGAUUGAGCUUUAGUUUUAACUAUAAGCGUGCUGAACAUCAGGAGGGGUUAUGAGUGAGCAGUGUGCUCUGUUUCUGAGACGUGUGACCAGGGUGCAAUAGCACCAGCAAAGAGCGCAGUGCUGAUUAGUUUCUACAUUGUGGUAAGUCACUGAUCAUUGUUCUGUGACUUCCCGGCAUAGACCUGUGAUGGAUUGGAUGUUUUGUUGUUGUAGCAGUGCAUAUCAAGUUACCCAUUUUUUCUAUAGUCAUCACUCGCUUUAAUCACUGUAGAUUUAAAAGGAAUAGUCCACUCACAACGUUUACUCAUGAUGAUUUUUAGUGAAACACAAAAGGAAAAGUUAAGCAGAACAAUAACUAUAGCAAUAUAUGUGCAGUUUUAAAAAUCAUUCUAUUUAUGUGAGAAUAAGAAAGUCCACAUCACUAUAACAACAACAACAACACAGAGGAAUGAUAUGACUGGAGUCACUUUCAGAACAUUUUUUUUCUAGCUCAUGAAUGAUAAACGCACUGACAGACAAUCAGAAGCUCAAGCGUUUUAAGACCCCCUGUGACGAAAAUCAUGUUUUUAAUAUUGUUUACUAUCAGGUGUUUUUAAUAUGCUUAAA